CACAGGCCAGUGGGGAAGAGAGCAGGGGGGUGAUGCUUUGGGGAAGCGGUGUGCUUCAGUGUCUGAUAGUGUGGUGUGAUGGAAAUGAUGCAGUGGAAACCAUAAAAGCACUGUGCUUUCCCUUCCAGGGGAGACUUGUUGAUAAGUGUGUUUGUGUCCGCAGACUAUGGAACAGCAUCGAGAUGAGUCACACGAGUGUCAGCUCUGUAGAAUGGCAUCUGUCAGCCCCGAGAGCCAGACUGCACCUUCCUGAGAGCCCACUGCUGGGGGCAUCACGCCCACAGCCCCACCGCAACGGGGCCAGACACCCACCGUGGGGAGAGGCUGAUCCCUGCCAUGGCUGUACAGGCAUUGUCUCGCUCAUCUCCCUGGCUGUGCUUUCUUACGAACGUUACUGCACCAUGACGAGAAUGACCGAGGCUGAUACCACCAACUACAGGAAGACAUGGACAGGCAUCAUCCUGUCCUGGACGUACUCCUUGGUCUGGACUGCACCCCCCCUUUUUGGCUGGAGCAGUUACGGGCCAGAAGGACCAGGGACAACGUGCUCUGUGAACUGGCACUCAAAGGACAUUAACAACGCGUCCUACAUCAUAUGUCUUUUCAUCUUUUGCCUUGUAAUCCCCUUUGCAAUUAUUGUUUAUUCAUACGGGAAGCUGCUGUGCGCAAUAAGGCAGGUGAGUGGCAUCAGUAAAGGGACAGGUCGGACCCGGGAGCAGCGUGUCCUGGUCAUGGUGGUGGUGAUGGUAAUCUGCUUUCUCCUUUGCUGGCUGCCCUAUGCGACUGUGGCACUUAUAGCCACGUUUGGGAAACCUGGUCUCAUCACCCCUGCAGCCAGCAUCAUCCCAUCCAUCCUCGCCAAAAGCAGCACGGUCUACAACCCCAUCAUCUACAUAUUUCUGAACAAACAGUUUUACAGGUGCUUUUUGGCGCUGCUGAGAUGCAACAAAGCAACCGGGAACUCCAGCAACAAGUCCUGUUCCAGGUCCGGCCGGGCGCUGCCACGGGGACAGGGUGACAGUGUCCCCGCAGCAGCUUCCUCGGCCGAGAGCCCCCACUUGCCUCUGAGAGACACCCCAGCAGCCAAACGGGCCGUGCUGGUGGCCCACUACAGUGUCUGAGGGGGCUAAUGCCACUGGCUGCCACUGUGUUUGGGGAGUCUGAGUCCAGAGGCAAGAGUUUUGCCGAACAACCUCGCCUUGUGGCUUUGUUUCUGAUGAAAACUCGCCCUUCUGCUUCCUCAGAGGUUGGCUUCAUCAAUAAGCCAUUUCCCUGUUUCUCAAAGACUCUUCCCUAAUCAAACGUUCCCUAAUCAAAAGUUCUGCGGGAGUUUGGGAAGAAAACAUAAUAAAAAACAUAGAUGCCUCUAGAAAAAGGUUUAAGAAGUAAUUUUCAAAAAAAAAAAUGUUCCAAAGACUUUCUGCCAAAACCCAACCAAGCGCAAAACCCCAAACCCAACAACAAGAAGACGGAGAUCCAGAGCACCUUGGUGCAGAACAGCCCCGAGAAACAAUCUGCACACAAAGUGGGGAAGCAAACAGGACAUUCUUCAGAAGAAAAACUAUCAACUUGCAGAUGUUUUCUCUCUGGUUUGGAUUAUGCUGUACCUUAAAAGUCUCACUUUGAUUUUCAGUACAAACCUGAACAGACUAUGAAGAACUGCAGCUACAAUUUUAAAGUGCAUAUAUUGGAUACGUUUCAAAGUGUAGAAAUUGCAGCUGAAGCUUGAGAAACCGAGUAUUUUAGCGAUUUUUCAAGAAUAAGUUAUUAACUUACAAAGUUAUUGCCCCAAAGAAUACUCUCCUUAUAACACCCUGUGAACAAACAACUCUCUGAAUAUGCAGGACUCAGUCGGGUGAAGCCCUCACCUCUGGAAAUCUGCUGGUUUGUAAGCGCCAAGACAAAAGGAGGAGUGAUCCCAGCUCUUUUGAGAAGCGUGGUGGUUGCCAGAGGAUUUGUGGAGCCAAAAGGGCCGGGCUGUGAGCAGGGCAGCUGCAUUCACCAAUACCAGAUGAAACCCUGCAGCAUCGAACAGUAGCAGCUACAGCGUAUUUUUUACCCAGAAUAGUCCCAGUGACCCCACCAAGAAAGCUGGUUGAGGACCCUCCACAGGAUCUUCCUCCUGGACCAUCUCUGGGAACUGAAGUGACAGAUGGUUAUCUUCUACAAACGCAAAAGCAUUGGAAAGCCUCAGAGGUACAGCUGGAGGAAGAAUUAAAAACAAACAAACACGAACAACCUUCUCUCUCAUUAACUCUGAGCCCAAUCCCAAUAUUAUGACAAUAUUUGUCAUCUCAAAUAGGAAGGAAAAAGUGAAAUAGCAACAUUCUGUGGAGAAUCAAUUUUCAAACCCCAAACUACAGGGAAAAGCCAUCUUUCAGAUGAGUUUCACACUGCAGUACGUCCACACCACUGCCACAGUGGAUAUCAAAAACUGGCAUCGCAGCACUUUAAUUACCUUGUGCUGGCCAAGCCAGAAUUGGGGAAUGCAGAGGUCUGGGUGAAGGAGUGAUGUGGGAGAAAAAGGUAAUUGGAUUUUUUUGAUCACUGAGUGAGUGGGAUCCAUUUCAAACUGCCCAUGUUAGAUCUUUCCCCAUACAAAUGGACACGUAUCGCUUUCAGGAAUAAGCGAACCACUAAGCACUUCAGCAGAGUCUCCAGCUGCAGCUGCCCAGGAGCGAGGAUGCAGGAACCCGCCUGCAAUUCUUUCCUGGAAGUAUAAACAUCCAGCCCCAGAUGAGACCAUCAACAACCUUAGAACUGCCUAUUGCAUUGAAGAGAGAGUGGUGCUGAGAAACAACUGACCCAAAACUUUCACAGGCUCAGCAGGUUCCCUGAGCAGCCCACUCUGGAUGUCCCCAAACAGCCUCCCAGGACGAUGCAAGCCCCUGCAUCUCAGCUUCCCCCACUGAGCUGCAAAACACCCUCGAAUACAUCAAAAGCCAUUCCUGCUCAAAGCUCUUAAACCUUUGGGUUUGCUGCCGAGGACCAAAGCCCCUCGUGUGCCCUCCCAGGGUCAGAGGGCAUUUGCCAGCCGUGGGGCUGGCACAGCACAGCCCACCACCUCCUCCAGGCUGGUCUCCAUCUCCAUCUCCCCACCACCACGAGCACCCUGUGCACAUCGCUACGAGAGUCCCUGUUUCAGAGAGAUACUGGUUUUUACAAGUGACUGUAAGCCAUUUUUUCCUUCCAGGGAUGUGGGUUUAUUUUUUCUUUGCAAUGUUAACAA